AUGAGUGUGGGAAGGAUCAACCGCUACAGCAUUGUGUCAUCUGAGGAAGAGGGCCUCCGCCUCACUACCAUGCAUGGCAUGAACGGCUUUGGCAAUGGCAAGAUCCACACACGCCGCAAGUGCCGCAACCGCUUUGUCAAAAAGAAUGGCCAGUGCAAUGUGCAGUUUGCCAAUAUGGAAGAGAAGUCACAGCGCUACAUGUCUGACAUCUUCACCACAUGUGUUGAUAUUCGCUGGCGAUGGAUGCUGGUAGUCUUCACCCUUGUGUUUGUUGUCUCCUGGCUGGCCUUCGGCUUAGCCUUUUGGGUCAUUGCUUUGUUGCAUGGAGAUCUGGAUAACCCCGCCGGAGAUGACAACUUCACUCCAUGUGUCCUACAGGUCAAUGGAUUUGUGGCUGCCUUUCUGUUCUCCAUUGAAACACAGUCUACAAUAGGUUAUGGCUAUCGCUGUGUUACUGAAGAGUGCCCUGUGGCCGUCUUCAUGGUGGUCUUCCAGUCCAUAGUGGGCUGCAUCAUUGACUGCUUUAUGAUUGGCGCCAUAAUGGCCAAGAUGGCGAGGCCUAAGAAGCGAGCACAAACACUGUUGUUUAGCCACAAUGCUGUCAUUGCCAUGCGGGAUGGAAAGCUGUGCCUCAUGUGGAGAGUAGGAAACCUUCGUAAAAGCCACAUUGUAGAGGCCCAUGUCAGGGCACAGCUCAUCAAACCUCGGAUCACUGAUGAGGGGGAAUAUAUUCCUCUUGACCAGAUAGACAUUAACGUGGGCUUUGAUAAAGGCCUGGACAGGAUUUUCUUGGUUUCACCCAUCACUAUUCUUCAUGAGAUAGAUGAGGAAAGCCCCCUAUUUGGGAUCAGCAAACAAGACCUGGAGACAGCAGACUUUGAAAUUGUCGUCAUCUUGGAGGGGAUGGUUGAAGCGACUGCCAUGACAACACAGGCUCGCAGCUCCUACUUGGCCUCUGAGGUCCUUUGGGGUCACCGUUUCGAGCCAGUCUUGUUUGAGGAGAAGAACCUGUACAAGGUGGAUUACUCUCACUUUCACAAAACCUACGAGGUGCCGUCCACCCCCCGCUGCAGUGCCAAGGACAUGGUGGAGAACAAGUUCUUAGUCCCCAGCUCUAACUCCUUCUGCUAUGAAAAUGAGCUGGCCUUCCUAAGCCGCGAUGAUGAUGAGGAGGAUGUAGGUGGUGGGAGCAGGGCACUGGCAAACCUCAGUCCGGACCGUAACAGCCGACAUGAGUUUGAACGCUUACAGGCCACCAGGGCAAUUGAUCAAAGGUCAUAUCGUAGAGAGUCGGAAAUAUGA